CAGCUGUCACCUACCGCGCCACGCACCCCAAGGGUGCACCUGCGAAAGGGCAGCCCCAGUGCAGUUACUGCGACUAUUGAACUACACGUCUAGCACACGCGGGGGAACGGUUUGCCAGCAGCGGCGGUUCUGUUUUCGGUGCGAAUCUGCUAGCCAAUCACGUCCUCUCAGGGUCCCUCGCAACUGCCGAACCGAGAAAGCUUGAGAGCGCAGCGCAGCUGGCCACUCUUACGAGACGUGCGAGCAUCUUCAGCUUUCGAGAGAAAUCCCGCCACCAUGUCCAUGUCAAACGAGGCUCUGCAGAAGGUCCUGCAAGAGAUCAGUCAAAAGAAGGCCUUCGCUGAGCAACAACUCGUCAUCGUCAAACAACAAAAAGCCGCCAGGACACGAGAGGGCCGUAUUCUUCAGCUUACCUCGUCAGAGGUCUCGUCAUUGCCUGCGCAGACCAAGGUGUACGAGGGUGUUGGAAAGAUGUUUGUCUGUACGCCUAUUCCUGAUGUACAGAAGAGACUCGAGAGUGAGAAUGAGGCAUUGAACAAGGAGAUGUCCAACUUGGAUAAGAAGGAAGAUUAUCUAGAGAAGACGUACACGAACAGCAAGAACAGCCUCGAGCAGGUGCUCAAGGGCGCUGCUUGAACAUGCUACGUGUACUUUGUUAUCGGGGAUGAACGAACAUGAGAAUACGAGGGAGUUUUAUGAGCUAGAAAGAACAUAUUGGCAGUUCUGCUAUUACUGCUGAGCACCGAGUACCAUUGUUCGAGCUGCUAUGGGAUAGAUGCUAGCAGAAGACCAUGCGUAGUUCAAGGGCAGGUUGGAUGGCUGUCCUGCGUCUUCCAUGCUGAUCACAGUACAUCAAAUAUCAAGAAUUAAUACACUUGAGGACUGCCUAAGUAAUACAAUGUCAUGUAGG